AUGUCAGUGUGUUUGCGGUCCUCACAGUGUGUUUGUGAUCCUCAGUGUUUUUGUGGUCCUCACAGUGUGUUUGUGGUCCUCAACAGUGUGUUUGUGGUCCUCACAGUGUGUUUGUGGUCCUCAUAUGCCAGUGUGUUUGUGGUCCUCACAGUGUGUUUGUGGUCCUCAUAUGUCAGUGUGUUUGUGGUCCUCAUAUGUCAGUGUGUUUGUGGUCCUCAGUGUGUUUGUGGUCCUCACAGUGUGUUUGUGGUCCUCACAGUGUGUUUGUGGUCCUCAACAGUGUGUUUGUGGUCCUCGUAUGUCAGUGUGUUUGUGGUCCUCAGUGUGUUUGUGGUCCUCACAGUGUGUUUGUGA